ACCGGCGGGAGUAGCAGUCUGCGCCCCCUAGCGCCUGCCGCGUGUACUGGCUGGAUUGAUUAGCCCUAUCUUCCCCUCAUCUUGCAGGCAGCACAGGCAGUCAGUGCCUGGUAGCGAUUUAGGCGAGUGCGUAUGGACUUGAGGCAGCAGUGAACGCAUUUCCCACAGACUGUGGUCGUACUUUUCUCCUCUUACAGCGGAGCGAGAGCAGCAGUGUGUCCCCGAUGGCUGGCUGGAAGGACGGCUCAGUGCAGGAGAAAUAUCGCCUGGUGGUCGUUGGAGGUGGAGGCGUCGGAAAAUCAGCAUUAACCAUCCAGUUUAUCCAGUCAUACUUCGUCACUGACUAUGACCCUACGAUUGAAGACUCCUACACAAAGCAGUGUGUGAUUGACGAGAGGCCUGCGCGGCUGGACAUCCUGGAUACAGCAGGACAGGAAGAGUUUGGAGCCAUGAGAGAACAAUACAUGAGGACAGGGGAGGGCUUCCUUCUUGUCUUCUCUGUCACUGACCGGGGAAGCUUUGAAGAGAUCUACAAGUUCCAACGACAGAUUUUGAGAGUGAAGGACCGGGAUGAAUUUCCCAUGAUUCUAGUGGGUAACAAAGCUGAUCUUGAGCAACAGAGACAAGUGACCCAGGAGGAGGGUCAGCAGCUCGCCCGACAACUCAAAGUCACAUACAUGGAGGCCUCAGCUAAGAUCCGUAUGAAUGUAGACCAGGCUUUCCAUGAGCUGGUCCGUGUCAUAAGGAAGUUCCAGGAGCAAGAGUGCCCACCCUCGCCGGAGCCCACGCGCAAAGAGAAGGAUAAGAGCGGCUGCCAUUGUGUGAUUGUCUAAUUGGCCUUUCACUGCCGCCACUCACCCAGCUGCUGUCACCGGUCCCUGCCCCCCACCCUGCCUUCUGACAUCACGUCCUGUGCGGAUGAAUUCGCUGCCUUUCUACAUGUGCAUGUCUUCAAAACAGCAGUCUCUCUCAUAGCCUUAUCAGGGGCAUUUGUGCCUCUAGGACUUCACUACUAGAAGAACCAAACUGACAAAAUCUUGAUCGAACUCACCAUUCUACCUUCAGCUAGAGUACUGACAUCAGUGUGAUUUAGAAUAUGGUAAUCGUGCCCCAACACUAAACAUCGCUUCUUACAAA